GGGUUGGUAGCAAGGAAGGAAAAAUCAGGCUCUAAAUAUACCAUGCUCUUCGUUGUAGGGACCUGAUAGCAAGGACCUACUUUCUUAUAUGCACAUCCUGUAUGAAAUCAGCCCACACUUGAAGUUUGGUUACAUGGCAGCCAAAGGGGCUAUAGCUGAAGCAUGCAAACACGAGGAUCGCAUCCAUAUUGUUGAUUUCCAGAUAGCUCAGGGAACCCAAUGGAUGACUCUCUUGCAGGCGCUUGUAGCUAAACCUUCUGGGCCCCCUCAUGUGCGGAUUACAGGAAUAGAUGAUCCCGUUUCAAAAUAUGCUCGUGGCUAUGGAUUGGAGGCAGUUGGCAAACGUUCGGCUGCAAUCUCUCAAAAAUUCAAUGGUCCUCCUGAGUUUCAUCCUGUACCAGACUUUGCUUCCAAGGUGACCCUGGAAAUGGUCGAUGUCAGGCCUGGGGAGGCUAUCGUUGUGAACUUCCCUCUGCAGCCCCACCGCACCCCAGAUGAAAGUGUCGAUGUGAACAACCCAAGGGAUGGGCUUUUAAGGAAGAUAAAGUCCUUUAGCCCAAAGUUGGUCACCUUGGUGGAGCAAAAAUCUAACACAAACACUGCUGCUUUCCUCCCUAGGUUCGUUGAAGCCCAGAACUGCUACUUGGCAUUGUUUGAGUCAAUUGACUUGACCAUACCAAGGGACCAAAAGCAGCGAAUCAAUGUAGAACAACGUUGUUUGGCCAGGGAUAUUGUGAAUGUUAUUGCUUGCGAGAGAAGGGAGAGGGUGGAGCAACAUGAACUCUUUGGCAAAGGGAAGUCUAGUUUUACAAUGGUAAGAUUCCUGCAAUGCCCUUUAAGCCCAUAUGUGAACUCUGUGAUUAAGAGCUUGCUGAGGUGUUACUCAGCUUAUAAACUGGUGGAGCCUGAUGGGGCUAUGUUGUUGGGUUGGAAAGACAGGGCUUUGAUCUCGGCAUCUGCUUGGUGCUGAAGGUAAGAAUAUACAUGAUAGAAACAGAAUUAAAGUCUGUACUCGUCAUAGGGUGUAGAUGAUGUAACAUCAGCCAUUGGAUUUGUGUACAACGAGUGUUGCCUUCGGUCUAAAUAUUUCAGUGGCUGGCAUUUGGUUCUUUAUUUAUUUCUGCAGCAUUAGUUGUGUCGCCAUUGUUCUUUUAUACAAAUAUUUCUUUGUUAAAAUUUUGAUUUUAACUGUUUCUGAUCUUAUAAUUCAUGUACUUGGUGUAGCGUAAACAUCUGUUCUGUAGUUCGAUGAUGUGCUUACCGUUUCAAAACUAAAUUAGAAAGUGACCUCAACUUGCCUA